AUGGGGAAUAUUGCUCAGUUGCAGAGUGAUCUGGAUGAGGUGAAUGUGUUGCUGGAGAAGGCAGUAAGAAAACGCGUCCAGGAUGUUCUGACAGCGGAGAAGAAGAUGAUUGAGAGGGAGAUCGUCAGAAAGCAGCAGCAGCAGCAACAACAUCAGUUACUGAAACAGAAGGAUAGCGGGGAUUCUGAGAAAACAUUGCUGCCUUCAACAUCCAGGGGAUAUGCUGUGAAAAUAAAUAACUAUGGGUGGGACCAGUCUGAUAAAUUUGUAAAGAUUUACAUUACCCUUAAUGGUGUACACAAGAUCCCAGCAGAUAAUAUUCAGACAAACUUCACUGAGAGGUCAUUCGAGGUUCUUGUCAAAGAUCUAGAAGGAAAGCACUACCAAAUGAAUAUCAACAACCUCCUGAGUACCAUUGAUGCCCAGGAAAGCUUUAGGAAGGUGAAAACAGACAUGGUCUUGGUGAUGUGUAAAAAGAAGACCCAGCAAAAAUUGGACUUCUUGACUCAGGUGGAGAAAAAGAUGAACGACAAGAAGCGACCCUCUUCUGACGCAGACACUGACCCCAAUGACGGGCUCAUGAACAUUCUGAAGAAGAUGUACGACGAAGGCAACGAUGAGAUGAAGAGAACCAUCAACAAAGCCUGGACUGAAUCUCGAGAGAAACAGAACAAAGUAGAAAAUAUGGAUUUCUGAACCAGAAACAAUACAUAUAUAAAUGUAGUGUUCCACACUAUAGCAACACGGUGGAUUCACUAGCCGUUUGUCUACUUGACUUAGAUUCUUAAAAGGUUUACCUUCUCCUUGUAACACGGAAAUGCCUACUUUUGUGAGGGCAUAUACAGGAGGUACAUGUUAAAUAUUUGUCAUGCAAAUAACAGAAAUGCAGUGCCUUUUGAUACUCAUCAACAUUCUAAAGAAUGCAAAUAUGAAUAAAAAAUAAAAAGAAAUUCUUAUUUGCAGGUCUUACUUGCAAUAGACGGGAUAGGAAUUAAGGGAUAG